AAUCUAGCAUAGUGCAAUGUGUAUUUAAAGAAUUAUUCUUUUAAUGAGAUUUAGCUCGUGAAGAACAUCCAUUAUCUGUCCUGCUACUUAUACUCUGCAAAUAUUUGGCUCUUAUAGGUCAGGAAUGAAAGCCUAGGAGUUUUGGGGCUGGGAAUGGGCUUGGUGGUGUUCUGGGUUUUGGGUAUUUGGUACCCAUUCAAUCUAUGAUAGCAAACAUUUAUGCUACAGCAAUCUGAUAAUCGAGUUGGGAAGAUUGUUUCAUGAGAAGGGUUUAUGAAAUCUCUGUUGAGAAGGAAGUACGUGCAUAUAAUAGGGACUAUUUCCUCUAACAGGAUUUCACAAAAAGAUUAGUAUGUUCAAUCCUAAGAGUUUUGAGCUUUUACAGAAGUUUGAGUUCUUCGCCAUGAGAAAAUGUUCAAUCCUAUAGGGAAAAACGCCUUGCAUGGUAUGUAUAGCUAAGAGUUUUGAGCUUUUACAGAAGUUUGAUUUCUUCUUCUUAGUAUUGGUUGAAAACCCAUGCUUAUUAGAAUCACCUUUUGUCAGUGCUUUCUUCAGAUAUCCUUUUCCAAUCUUAGUUUAUUUGGGUAUAGCUGAUAUGGGUCAUGAGGAUUUUUACAUCCUCCUAAGCCUCAUGGGAGAGCUGGGCUUGACCAAUUCCAUAGAAGCAGCCCAAAAGCAGAAUCAUUUGGUUAGAAUUUAGGGGUUUGGCCUUUAUUGCAGUUUACAUAAAAUGCUUCCUUUUUUGUCAUGGUUGUGCAUAUCAAUUUUUUAUCUGCAUUGAUAUCACACUUCAACUUUGGUUAUCAUAUCUUUCUGUGUUUUCUUGCUUUUAGUGAUAUUGGGAUGAAUCUCCCCAUGUAACUUUCAACACAGUCUAGCUUCAGACGGUUCAUUGUAUUUUUCAACUUUUAGUAGAAUUCCUUUUGCCUUUUACCUUAUUCCUUAAAAGUUUUUCACUGAUUUGAAGUGGAAGGGCAGCUUUUGGAAGAAUAACUAUCAUGGCAGCCAGCAACUACAAUCUUAAGCAUGGCCAAGAACAUGAAAAUUCCAGGAAGAUCUCAGACCUUGUAAGUGAAGAGUUCAGCAAGGAUGGACGACACUUUGGAACACGGAACUCUUGCUUUGAUUUCAAUGAAUUCGCGGAUGAUGAUUAUAUUGAUAUUGAAGUAGAAUCUGCCAUGUUUUGGGAAGCAGUGAGCAGGACAAAGCUGAAUGGGAACAGAGCAGAGUCAAGAGAAUUCGAGUUCGAUGCCAAGGCCUUAAUGGAUGAUCCAGGUUGUGUUGCUUCUCCUGCAGAUGAACUUUUCUAUAAAGGUCAGCUGCUUCCUCUCCAUCUUCCUCCCAGGAUUCAGAUGGUGGAGAAUCUUUUGGCCUCAGAAAAGUCUAAGGAAAACAAACCCCAAAGCCUUUUAGGGAGGGAGAAACCAGAGCAGAACUCAGGAGGAGGAGGAUCUUUCUAUAGGGAAUCUGCAGAUGAUUCUGCAUUUUUCCACACUCCUUAUGAGUCCUGUGAUGCUACACCUUAUGAUUCAUGUGAAGCCAGUCAAGAGCUCAAUGCAGAUCUCUAUGAAGCCUUUAAGGAAAAUCACAGAGUGACAAUCAAGGAAGCAGCGGAAGCUGAAUCAAAAAGGGAAAAGCAUCAACGUUUGCCAAUGCUGAAGAAGGCCAAGAAGCUGCUGGAUUCCACCCAAUCCAAACAAGCAGCCUUAGCCCUUAAAUUGAAGGCUUCCAGAUUAUAUCUCAAGUCUUUAUUCUCAAAAUCCACAGAAACCAAAGAUCAGAACCAACAUCAAAGAAGGACUAAAGAAUUAGAUCAAAGAGAUCUAAUGAACAAUACCAGUACUGAUCAAGCAGAUCAAAACAGGGUGACCGAGGCCAUAAACCGUUAUGUGAAGGUAAUAAAGCCAGGCUCUGCAAAUGGAAACAUGGAUAUAACAAGAGAAGGGUACAAGGUAGCAGAAGCAGUGGCCAAAACUAUUCAUAAAGAAAAUUCAUCCAUGAUAGAAGAUCAUGUGGGUCGCAGAAAGUCCUUCUCUGGGAGCCUCCCCUCCAGUAAAGUGAAUGUUGAAUCUCAGAAGGCCAAUGUCUCCUAUUGUUCAAACCGUGUAAUUCCUAGCCCGAUUGGAGCUUUUCUUAAGAGAAGCAGCAGUACUAACAUAGACAUGGAGAGUGCCAUUGAAGGAGCCAUUGCUCACUGCAAACAAUCAGCUCAUUCAGCUUCAAAGAAUAAUAUCGAUCCAUCCCAUAUUAAUCAUCAAAGACCAUGUUCAAAUGUAGAAGGAUAUGUAAGGCCUCGUUCUGGUUCAAGGAUUGCAGUUUGUGAGCAACCAGAAAAAUCUGGUCUGUGUCGAGGAUAGCUAUAAUCUAUUCAUGAUUGCAGACAAGGUGAAAGUUAUAAGUUACUAUUCUUUUGAACCAUUCAUGAAAAUUGUACAUAUAUCUGUCAAAUUGUAACUUUUUUGUACUGACCUUGACGAUUUUUCUCAAAGUUCUGCAAUGUCUAUUUCUAAGUCAAGAUUCAAUCUUUGUUCCCUUGAAAUAACUAGAUGGUAUCUUAGCAGGUCUAGAAGUGUAAUGAAGUUGGGGAAGGCCUCAAGUUUACUAUAGCAUUCCUAGAAAUUUAAUUC